AAGAAGGAAGAAUGGGAAUGGAUAGGGAGUGAACAGGAGGCACUGUAGUUUGUGAAUUAUUAUUGAAAUGAAGUCAACCAACUACUUUGACCUGUUCAUAGAAUGCCUGCUCAGGCAAGCUGGCCAAAACUCACAAAACAGUACAAGACUUAACAUUAAUUCCAAGACUACCAAAUAGCCAAAUGAAACAAUAGAACACAUAUGGGUGGAAGAAACAAGGAAAAAAAACACACAAAGAAAAAGAUAAAACAAAAGUGUGGGGAGUACUGAUCAAGCAGAAGGAGGGGGAAAUGCAAUCACCUUGCAUUAGAGAGGCCUCAAAAGCCUGCUGUCAUGGUUGCUGUCCAGCUCCUUUUAUGGGCUUGCCUGAUCAGCUGCAAAAACCCCCUCCCAAUUCCAAAACUGGUGUCACCGCCACCACUCGCCAGUAUGAUUUUGAUGCUGCCACAGUUUCCUCCCUCCACCCACACUCUCAAUUCACUAACCAUGAGUCCCUGCCUUCAUUGGGUGAAUUGUUUUUUAACUUCAACAAAUCAUACCCACAAUACUCACAGACCAUUCUGGCCGAUCAAAUCCGAGCCCAAGAGUACUACCAUCUCUCCCAAUCAAACCAUGUCUGUCUUGAUUAUGUUGGGAAUGGCCUCUUCUCCUAUUCCCAGCAACAGUUUCAUCCAAGUUCCUCUUCAUCAUCACUGUCUUCAAAUGUUCCCUUCUUCGAUAUUCUUUACAAAUCAGUCAGUCUAAAUUCUCAAAUACUAUAUGGAGGUGAAGAGUCAGAAUUCGAAUCCAAAAUCCGAAAAAGAAUCAUGGAAUUCAUGAAUAUCUCAGAAGACGAUUACUCCAUGGUUUUCACUGCCAACAAGUCCUCAGCUUUUAAGCUUCUAGCAGACUCAUAUCCAUUCCAUUCUAAUCGGAAUCUUGUCACCAUCUACGAUUAUGAGAGUGAGGCAGUGGAAGCGAUGAUCAAAAGUGCCAUGAAUAGGGGCACAUGUGUCAUGUCAGCUGAGUUCUCAUGGCCCAGUUUGAGGAUUCAUACCAGAAAAUUAAGGAAGAUGGUAGUGAGUAAGAGGAAGAAAAAGAAGAGGGGACUGUUUGUUUUCCCUCCUCAGUCUAGCAUGACUGGAGCGCGGUAUCCUUUCCAAUGGAUGAGCAUGGCACAAGAAAAUGGGUGGCAUGUCUUGCUUGAUGCAACUGCAUUGGGAGCUAAGGACAUGGAGACCUUAGGCCUUUCCCUCUUUCAGCCAGACUUUCUCAUCUGUUCAUUUUUUAAAAUUUUCGGAGAAAACCCAUCUGGCUUAGCAUGUCUGUUCAUCAAGAAGUCAAGCGCUUCAGUCUUCACCACAUCCAACAUUGCUACAAGCAGAGGGAUUGUGAGCCUUGUACCGGGACAAUCACCAACAAUUGAGUUACCAAAAGAGGACUUACCUGGGCCAAGUUCAUCCUCCACAUCAAUAAAUCUUCACCAGAGUGAAGAUGACAUUUCUGAAAUUCAAGAAAUUCAAGAAAGUGAAGAACUCAGCAGAAAACACAAGAAACUAUCAGUCUCUGAAAUUUUUAAGGUAGAUAAUAGGCCCCUAAACUCUGCCCAAUCUAGAAGCAGUGAAAUGGGUAGUGGGAGUUCAGAGUUGGAAUGCAGGGGCUUGGACCAUGCAGAUUCAUUAGGCCUGAUACUGAUCAGUAGCAGAGCAAGGUACCUAGUCAACUGGCUGGUAAAUGCAUUGAUGAGCCUUCAACAUCCACAUUCAGAAAAUGGACUCCCCUUGCUAAGAAUCUAUGGACCUAAGGUACGGAUAAAGAGAGGACCAGCUGUGGCAUUCAAUGUGUUUGAUUGGAAAGGAGAGAAGCUUGAUCCAAAACUUGUACAGAAGUUGGCUGAUCGAAACAAUAUCUCUCUUAGUUGUGGAUUCUUGCACCGUCUUUGGUUCUCAGACAAAUAUGAAGAAGAGAGGGAGAAACAAUUAGAGAAAAGAAAAGAUGAACAAGAAACAACGGUUGGAAAUAAGAGAAAACACAGUUUUCAUACCGGGAUAUAUGUGCUCACGGCUUCAAUUGGGUUUCUAACAAACUUUGAAGACAUGUAUCGGCUUUGGGCAUUUGUUUCGCGGUUCCUAGAUGCAGAUUUUGUGGAAAAAGAACGGUGGCGAUACAUGGCUCUUAAUCAAACAACUAUCGAAGUUUAGGCUACAAUUCAAUUCUUUCAUUCUUUCCACAUUAUGAGGAGUAUUGAUUUAUUAUAUAUUGUAGGUUUUAGUAUUACCUUGCAGAUAAUUAUUUUAAUAUUUGGAUGAUGGAUAUUUGGUUCUUUUAAUUCAAA